CCUGUUAUUACCAGAUGGAACUCUACUUUUGAUUCUGUAAUGCAACUAGCAACAUUUUUAAAAAAUGAUCCCGACCAAAUCAAUCAAUGCCUUGAUCAUUGUAAUUUGCAACGAUUGACUGAACAUGAAAUGAAAUUCAUAGAAGAAUAUUGUCAGGUAAUGAAACCUUUAGCACAAUCUUUAGAUAUAUUGCAAAGCGAGAAAGGGAUGUAUAUGGGAUACUUAUUACCGAUCUUAAAAACAUUAAAAGAAAAAUUAGAGAAACUUAAUAAAAAUGAAAUUACGCAUUGCCAAUCAUUAAUCGCAGCUCUUCAACAAGGUUUAAAUAAAAGAUUUUCCUCAUUGUUUGAAAAAAAAGAACUUAUUAUUGCAAGUUGUUUGCAUCCCAAAUUUAAAUUAAAUUGGAUACAUGGAGAAGAAAAAAAACUCGCUAAAACUUAUUUAGAAGACCUAUUAGGAAUUCGUUCCACCGAGAGUUCUCUAAACGAUGAAAAUCUCAACAACGAUGACUUUUUUGCUUUUGACCAGCAAACAAAAGAAGUCGAGUCUACACAAGAAGAACUGUACCGAUUCUUGAAAUCAAGUCAGCCUAAAAAUCUGGGACCACGAUAACGAUUUCAGUUUUCUUGUGAUCUCGUUUUGAUGCUUUAUAAAUCGACUUGCGGCAUUUCGAUAUCGGCAAAAUAUAAGAUUUUCACAUAAGAAGUAAAUAUUCUCGGAAUGAUGAAAAAAUUAAUUUGUGAGAAGAAAGAGAUCAUUAUAGCUUCAUUAUAUACUAUGUGUAUAUACAAUAUAAAUAGAAACUCUAUAAUGCUCUCGAAACGUUAAAGACUUUUAUAAUUUUAAUUCUUAUAAUAAGUAAUAAUGUAUAA